AUAGCGCUGUGGAAACAUCGCAUUUGAAACGGGACGAAAAAUGCAAGUGCUCCAGAAUAGGAGAUCAGUGCCUCCGUGGGUUGCAUUCAUGCAAGGCAUAUAUAAGUAUUGAAAGAAGCGUCGGCUUUCAUUGUAUAUCGGCACAUAGCGAGGUGCACAUCAUUUUCGCGCAAGUGUGGGAAAGUGAUUUUCCGGAAUUGCAUCGCCAGCGCUUAUUGAUCAGUGAUUCGCACGAUACUCUCGGCGCUUUUUGCUCUGAGUUACAUAUGUUAACUUGUGCUUUCCACUUUAUUGUUAGUUCACAAUAGACCCACCGUAAUGGAUUGUCGAACAGUGUUUUUGUUCAGCUUAGUCGUCCUAAUGGCAGUGCUUCUCAGUUCAACUGAAGGGCGCAAGAAGAAAGUAGUCAUCCACGUGCCCUAUAAAGUGAAGAAGAUUAAGCACACGCACACGGUGUACAAGACGAUACACCACCACCACACGCACCACGACCACAUAGAUCCCCUUCUCGCGCACGCGCCCACGGAGGAGCACGAGCACUUCCACCACAUGCACCUGCACGACGAGGGCCAGCACAGCCAGCCCGUGCCGGGCAUCGGCAUCCCUGAGUUCCUGCCCGACGUGCCGCUGGACGCGCCCGACGAACACGAUCUGCCUCUCCUUCCCAACCGACACAUCAUCCCGCUUUACAGAAGAAAGAACUAG